AUUAAGUAUUAGCUAUAAUACUUUAAUUUGUGUUACACGUCUAAGAAGAUGACUUUUCAUAUCCAUAAUUUGGGAAUUUUGUUUCUCUUAUUAGGAGCACAGCUCAUAACAACCGCCGUCCAUUGCCGGACGCUCCGGAAUUCCGUCGGAAGCGUCGACGGUUUCGAGCAUUAUCAAACGCCGGAAACUGAAGCAGCAGCAGGAAAAACUAUGGGAAAGGCGGCGGCUUUUUCUGUUUCUUCACCAACCUGCGGCGGCAAGGAUUGCUCCUCCUCGCGUAAGGGCAAUUCAGUCAAAAGCAUGGCGUUCAUAUUAGCUUCUGGUCCAAGCAAGAGAGGCGCUGGUCACUAGCUAAUAAAGACCAAAUUACAAGUCUACAUCACAUAUACGGAGUAUAUACAUAUACGUAUAUAUACGGUCACAACAAAAACAAAACUUUUAGAUUUGUUUGUAGUUGUGGCAUAGGCAUUUUUGACUAUGUUGUUUGACACACAUUAAUCUUCUUACAUUUUGUUCAGAUCACUAUGAGACGGUGUAUAUACAGUAUAUAUACACUUUUCAAUCAUGAGUUUCUAAAGACAGCUUCACUUUGGC